CAACUAUGUGGAAAUAAAAUAAUAUUGGCAAAUAAAUAAAUAAGUAAAUAAAGAGAUCACAGUAUCAGUUCUCACUGCCUCUGCCUUCUUUAUAUUUAUCGCUUCGCCUUCAAAGCUUAAACUUCGGUUCCGAUCUUUGAGCUUUCAUUCGCUCCUCAGUUAAGAGGGGUAUUCGCUAAAGCACAAUGUCAGAUCUUGAGGCUCCCUUGCGUCCAAAGAGGAAAAGGGUGCUUGUGGACUAUUUGGUUCAGUUCCGAUGGAUUUUGGUUAUUUUUGUUGUCCUUCCAAUCUCCUUUACAAUUUACUUUCUCAUUUAUCUUGGAGAUGUUAAGUCUGGGAUGAAAUCCUACAAGCGACGCCAGAAGGAACAUGAAGAAAAUGUUCAGAAAGUUGUGAAACGCCUCAAGCAGAGGAACCCAUCAAAGGAUGGUCUUGUAUGCACUGCCCGUAAACCCUGGAUUGCUGUUGGAAUGCGGAAUGUUGACUAUAAGAGGGCUCGGCAUUUUGAAGUUGAUUUAUCAGCAUUUCGCAAUAUUCUUGAAAUUGAUAAAGAAAGAAUGAUUGCAAGAGUUGAGCCACUUGUAAACAUGGGGCAGAUUUCUAGGGAAACUGUCCCAAUGAAUCUUGCCCUUGCAGUGGUUGCUGAGCUUGAUGAUCUUACUGUUGGUGGGCUCAUCAAUGGUUAUGGGAUUGAAGGAAGCUCUCAUAUAUAUGGCUUGUUCUCUGAUACUGUUGUAGCUUAUGAAAUCGUUCUGGCAGAUGGUAACGUUGUCAGAGCUACCAAGGACAAUGAAUAUUCUGAUCUUUUUUAUGCCAUCCCUUGGUCUCAAGGGACACUUGGCCUUCUUGUUGCUGCUGAGGUAAAACUUAUACCCAUUAAAGAAUACAUGAAGGUCACAUACAAACCUGUUGUGGGUACUCUCAAAGAUCUAGCCCAGGCUUAUAUGGACUCAUUUGCACCUAGAGAUCUUGAUCAGGAUAACCCAGUGAAGGUUCCAGACUUUGUAGAAGGCAUGAUUUAUUGUCGUACUGAAGGUGUGAUGAUGACAGGGAGAUAUGCCUCAAAAGAAGAAGCCAAGAACAAGGGCAAUGUAAUUAACAGUGUUGGUUGGUGGUAUAAACCUUGGUUCUACCAGCAUGCACAGACAGCCUUAAAGAAAGGAGAGUUCAUAGAGUACAUCCCAACCAGGGAAUAUUACCACAGGCACACGAGGUGUUUGUACUGGGAGGGAAAACUUAUACUUCCAUUUGCUGAUCAAUGGUGGUUUAGAUUUCUGUUGGGCUGGAUGAUGCCUCCCAAGGUUUCUUUGCUCAAGGCUACCCAAGGUGAAGCAAUCAGAAACUACUACCAUGAGAUGCAUGUCAUUCAGGAUAUGCUUGUUCCUCUUUACAAGGUUGGAGAUGCCCUAGAGUGGGUUGACCGUGAGAUGGAGAUAUACCCCAUUUGGCUCUGUCCACACAGACUAUUCAAGUUGCCUGUCAAAACUAUGGUGUAUCCUGAGCCAGGAUUUGAGCAUCAGCUCAAACAGGGUGACACACCCUAUGCUCAAAUGUAUACAGAUGUUGGAGUUUAUUAUACACCAGAACCUGUAUUCAGAGGUGAGGUGUUUGAUGGUCCUGAGGCAGUUCGUAGAAUGGAGAACUGGUUGAUUGAGAAUCAUGGCUUUCAGCCGCAGUAUGCAGUUUCUGAGCUGAGUGAGAAGAAUUUCUGGAGAAUGUUUGAUGCUGGACUCUAUGAGCAAUGCCGGAGGAGAUAUGGAGCUGUGGGAACCUUCAUGAGUGUCUACUACAAGUGCAAGAAAGGAAGGAAGACUGAGAAGGAGGUGCAAGAAGCUGAGCAAGCCCACCUUGAGACUGCUUAUGCAGAGGCUGAUUAACCAAUGGAUUGAGCAUGAAGUGAAUUUGGUAUGGUUUGGUGGGAUUUCUUUCGCUGCUUUUUUCUUUUAAUCACUUUCUGACUUUGCCUGUGAGUUUUCCAUAUGUAGCUGAAAUGCUUUAGUUGAUGCUUUAUUUUCUUGUCUUGGAUUUUUAACGGAUUGGAUGAGAUUAUGGAUGAUUUUAAUGUUUUAAACAGUUCAUGGUC